AACGUCGAUAUUCCUGCUCCUGGGAUGCUGCCUGACCUGUUGUGCUUUUCCAGCGCCACACUCUCGAUAUAAAAGUCCCAGUUAUUCUUCGGCAGGAGGACAGAAAGAAGAACGGUGUACAAUCCAAGUCUUAGUCACGACUAUGGAGACUGCCAGACCUACUGAGAUUGCAUCAACACGGUCUGAUAUUUAAAGACAUGCAAGGAAGUUUUGGUUAAAAAAUAAAAUCGGAUCGUGCAUUUGGGACCCGUACAAUUCCGUGCUAAUUUCCCUGUUGGAAGCAAGCCAGAAAGAAGCCAAAGGCAAUAUUGAACAGUUGAACUUUACAGCGGCAGUGAUUUCCAGUAACUAGUAGAAUGAAGCUGCUCCUAUUCUGGACCCACCCACAGCCGCUGGAAGAUUUUUUUUCUCUCUCUCUCUGGAGGUUAUUUCCUUCCAGGCGGGUGGAUGCUGUGAGUGUUGUUCUCGAACCCAGGGGAUGUCAUGGCUGGACAGUAUUGCCGGUCUAGCAGCUCGGAAUCCGCCGUCCCUAUGAUCAGGGCGAGCCCCAGGGCAGGAGCCUCGGCAAACUGCAAGCUGGCUUUGGUCGGCGGGGUCAGUGUGCUCUGCUCACUCGCCAUAACUGCGGGAAUGGUUGUGCAUUUCACAAGAGAAAUCGCCAAGAUUAAAAAUCAGAAUGUUCCCCAGGAUCUGUGGUGUCUGAAUAAUCCCACCAAAUUUGAAGAACUAAUCAGUACUGAGACUGAAGACUUGAGUGAUCAGUUCACAAAAGAUCCCUGCUGGAAACUCACUAACAAUAUUAAAUUGCUUGUAAACAAGGUAGUGGACCAUACAAACAAGAAACGAGUAAUCAAAGAUGUAAUGGACAAUUUACCUGUAGAUGUCUUUAAAACUGCAGCAGAAUUUGAUGACAAACCAGCAUACCACUCCUCUGCUCAUCUCACUGUACAAUCUGAGUCUCAGCAAGGUAUGUCGCACUAUGCAGACCAGUCAUGCCGUCACCUUGUUAAAUGGGGUUUUGAGAAAGGUUUAGCCUAUGUUCAGAACAUGACGAUCAAUCAUGGAAAAUUGCGAGUCAGUGAAACAGGCAAAUACUACAUUUAUGCUCAGACUUACUUCAGAUAUCAGCACAAGGCUGUAGCUGAUGAUGCGGACUUUUCUGAAAUACCUAAUGAGCAACAACUUGUGCAGUGCAUAUACAGGAUGACACCUAUCUAUGCAUCGCCAAUCCUCCUGAUGAAAGGUGUAGGAACAAAAUGUUGGGCAGCGAAUGCUGAAUAUGGUUUGAAUUCCAUCUACCAAGGAGGACUUUUUCAGUUGAAUGCUGGUGAUGAAAUAUUUGUUACUGUUUCUGAUAUAAGAUUAAUGGAUGAUGAUGAUGGAUCAUCUAGCUACUUUGGAUCCUUUAGACUGAGUGUGUAAGGGGUUCUAAUGAUCCCUGCUGACAAUAAUGCUGCACAAGUCAGAUUCCAGAAUGAAAAUUGGCCUGAGAGACUUUUUUUUUAAUUUUGCAGUUGGUUAAUGUAGUGGUUAACCACUGAAAUAUAUUAGACAGUUACAAACUUGUACUUCAAAGCAAAGUUCUCAGUUGUUUCUUAGCAUUAUCCAUUACAGAGAUUCAAUCCCAGACAAAGAUCACUGCUAAAUUUAUCUUUAUUUAACUGACUCUCCCCAAUUUAUUUCUCUUGAACUAUGAAGACAAUCUUACAAUUCUGUGUCUGUUGACAUAAACCUCCAAAAAUGCUGAUGACCUAAAGUUUCUAAGUGGUCUUGGCUUGGAAGCUUUGCAUAUUAGAAACUACUUCCACUGACUGUAGAUGGUUCCCCAGAAGUGACUGGAACAAAAAAAACAUUUUUACCUUCUAAAUUCUGUGUACAUUUGAAUUAAAACUUUGAACCAUUUCCGUUCUGUAUCAAAUAAAAGUAAUUGCCUUAAUAUACUUACACUGUCUGUCAUAAGACCAACAGUAUAAACGUUUUAUCCAUUAACACCCUUACUGGAAUUCUCCUCAGCACUUAGUGCAGUCUCAUGGUUUUUUUGGAACUGAUGAACAUAGGUCACCAGACUGUUCCAAACUGACUUGCUGACCUUUAGCAAAACAUGUUCACAGGACUGACCCACAUCAUCUGCUUCAAGUUUAAAAUCAAAGUCUAAAUAUCUAAUAUAUAGAUAUAAUACACUUUUCAUCACAUCACCACACAGUGGCAGCAGCGUGAACCAUACACAAGAUGCACUGCAGAAACUUAUCAAGGAUCCUUUUACAGCACGUUCAAAACCCAUGACAUCAAUACCAAGAAGAACAAGGAGAGUAUGGGUGUAAAUACCACUGCCUGCAAGUUCCCUUUUCAACAGACCACCCCAAUUCGGAAAUGGAUCAACAUUUCUUCCGUCACCAAAUAAAUAUUCUAGAAUCCUCUUCCUAACAAUACAGCAGGCAUACCUACAACACAACCUCAAACAGAUAAAAGAUAGCAGCUCACCACCACCUACUUGGAAGCUUACAGGGAUGUGCAAUAAACUUUGCUCUCACCAGCAAUGCUCACAUCCCAUGAACAAGUUAAAUGAAAACUAAAUUUUAAUUUCAGAUAAUAAAAGUUUCCUUUCAAACAAAA